ACCUUCCUAUUUCCUUGUUCACUUUUACUUGUCCAUCCUACUAAAACUAUAUUUCCGUUUUUACUUGUCCAGUUUGAAAAAUAAGAAAUAAAUUAUCACUUUGUUCCUAAUUUAAUCUCAUUAUUAACUAUAUUCAUUUUCCAGAAUAUUGAAUUUCUUAUACUCAAAGGUUGAUAUAGCAAAAUUUUCAUUUCAUAAUGGCACUAAAUUUUACUAGGUUGUUUUCAACCAAAAAAGAUUUAAAGGAAAAUAAACUGUUCAUACCAAAAUUAUGCUAAAACAGAGAGGUGGUUACCAAUAGAUUUUAGGAAGAUUGGCGAAAAUAAAAUGCUACCUUAAUCUUUUUGUACAUAUUUGGUGAAUUUCUUAAUACAAAUACAGGUUCGGCCGAAUCCAAAGGUAUUCCUGUGGGAGCUAGCAUAGAGGAGGAUUAAAAGAUUUGGCUUUGCUUUUGCCUUCCUAAGUGCGGUAUCAUGCCAGAGGAUCCAUCUGCUAAUGUUUUUCUCGCCUCAGCUUCACAAGUUAUCACUGAGAUAACUCGACUUGUAUUUGAAACAAUAGAGGCUGCAAAUUCUGUUGUUGUUCAGAAGGAGAACUUCGAUAUAUUUUCAAAGUUCUUGGAGAAGAUUGCUUCGGUCCUAAAAGAGUUAUCUAAGUCUGAAGUUAGUGAAGUCGAUAACUUAAGUCCUGCUUUUGAGGAUCUCAAGUUGGAGAUAGAAGUGAUCAAGCAACUAGCUUUGGACUGCAGAAGUAGGAACAAAAUCUAUCUCUUAUUAAAUUGUAGGAGAAUCGUCAAGUACUUUGACAGUAGUACGAGGGAUAUUAGUCGGACUUUGUUGCUAAUGACAUCGGAACCUUUGAAUGUUUUACCCGAAAUCACUGACCAGAUUAAAGAUCUAUGCAAGAACAUGCUAGAUACUGAGUAUGAAGUCUCUAUAGAGGAGGAAGAAGUUUCAGAGAAGAUUGAAUCAGGGAUACAAGAGAGGAAUAUUGAUAGAUCCUAUGCAAAUGAUUUGCUCAUUUGUAUUGCUAGAGCUGUUGGAAUAGCAAAUGAGCAAUCAGUGCUGAAGGAAGAAUUUGGAAAAUUCAAGGCAGAAAUUGUUAGUAGUGAACAUGGGAAGAACCUGACGGAGACAUUACGGAUGGAAGAGAUCAUUCUAUUGCUUAGCAAGGCUGAUUUGCUUACUACUGCAGAAGAAAAGCAGACAAAUUAUUUGACUAAAAGGAACUCUUUGGGUAGGCAACCAUUAGAACCUUUGCAAUCAUUUUACUGCCCAAUUACUGGAGACGUCAUGGAAGAUCCGGUGGAGACUUCUUCUGGUCAGAUAUUUGAAAGGACAGCUAUCGAGAAGUGGUUAGCAGAUGGCAAUAAGCUGUGUCCUUUGACAAAAAAUCGCUUGAAAAAGUCAGAUCUUCGGUCCAAUAAAACACUGCGCCAGUCGAUCGAGGAAUGGAAAAACAGAAACAUCAUUAUCACCAUUGCUUCCCUAAAACUAAAAAUACAGGCAGACAAUGAGGAAGAAGUGCUUCAAUCUUUACAGAAGUUGCUGGAGUUCUGCGUAAGGAGUGAGUUGCAGAGAGAAUGGAUAGUGAUGGAAAAUUAUGUUCCAGUUACUAUAGAUCUUCUACGUGCAAAUAAUACUGAGAUACGAAAGUAUGCUUUAAUGAUACUUUGCGCUCUCUCAAAGGAUAGCGAAGAAGGCAAGGAAAGAAUAGGUACAGUAGAUAAUGCUAUUGGGUUGGUGGUGCGAUCUCUUGCACGUAAACCUGAAGAAAGCAUAUUGGCUUUGCAGCUGCUUUUGGAGCUAUCCAGAAGUAGUAUAGUUCAGAACUUGAUUGGCAGUGUCCAGGGUUGCAUCCUUCUACUUGUUACUUUCAUGAAUAGUGAGGACUCCAUCGCUGCAAAGUGUGCAAGUGAGAUUUUAGAGAAUCUAUCGUUCCUCGAUCAGAAUAUUAUUGAGAUGGCAAGAUUAAAUUAUUAUGCACCCUUAUUACAACAUCUAUGUUCAGGAACUGAAAGUAAGCGUCUGAUCAUGGCUAAAACCUUGUCAGACAUUCAACUGAGCGACCAGAUUAAGUUGUGCCUCACAGAGAAAGGUGCACUGAAGCCACUUCUUGAACUUCUCUCUCAUAGCAAUACAGAGAUAAAAAGCAUUGCUGUCAGAGCACUUCAAAGCCUUUCAACUGUCCCACAAAAUGGUCAGCUGAUGAUAAAGGAAGGUGUCAGUGACCUACUAUUUGAACUGCUAUUUUGUCACACCUUGUCAACAGAAAUACGGGAAAAUGUGGCAGCAACAAUUAUGCAACUUGCCGUAUCAAAAAAUUCCCAAGGAUCAGAGGAUGUGCAGGUUUCAUUGUUGGAGUCUCAUGACGACAUCUUUAAACUGUUUUCUCUUGUAUCGUUGACUGGAUCUAAUGUGCAGCAAAGCAUUCUUCGUAUCUUUCAAGCAAUGUGCCAAUCUCCUGCUGGUUCUGAUAUCCGAACCAAACUGAAACAGAUUUCCGCAAUUAAGGUACUAGUCUACCUAUGUGAACUUGAUGACCGUAAGGUACGGGCUGAUGCAGUGAAACUCUUCUAUUUAUUGGCAAAAGAUGGUAAUGAUGACAUUCUCGUAGAGCAUGUAAACAAUACCUGCAUCGGGAACUUGGUACGGAUCAUCCGAACUUCAGAUAACGAAGAAGAGACUGCUGCUGCGUUGGGAAUAAUCUCCUAUCUUCCUCAAGAUUGUUCAAUGUCCCAGCGCCUUCUUGAUGCUGGGGCGCUUGAUGUCAUCUUAGACUCUCUGCGUGGUAAAAAUGACUAUGCUUCACUAAGAAAUGAAAUUGUUGAGAAUGCUGCUGGAGCCCUUUGCCGUUUUACUGUACCAACAAAUCCAGAAAUACAAACACAAGUUGCUGAAGCCGGUAUUAUUCCUCUUCUCGUAUCCCUACUAGCAUCAGGCAGUUCUUUAACCAAAAAAAGUGCAGCUACUUCUUUAAAGCAGUUUUCAGAAAGUUCACAAAAGCUGAGCAAGCAGCCAGCUAGGAAAAAUUGGAUGUUAAGCUGUUGUAUUGCCUCCUCACCGACACAUGGCUGUCCUGUGCAUCUAGGAGUUUGCAGUGUGGAAUCAUCGUUCUGCCUUUUAGAGGCUAAUGCUCUCAGACCCCUCGGGGGAGUGCUAGACGAUCCAGAUACUGCAGCUUCUGAAGCUUCUUUAGAUGCAAUCUUGACAGUAAUUGAAGGCGAACAACUGCAGGAAGGUUCUAAGGCACUUGCAGAAGCCAAAGUCAUUGCUCCAAUCAUAAAAUUGUUGAGCUCAUCGUCUAUCAUUUUACAAGAAAAAGCUCUCAAGGCCUUGGAGAGGAUAUUUCGGAUGUUGGAAUUGAAGCUCAAAUAUGGGAGCUCAGCUCAGAUGCCGCUUGUGGAAAUCACUCAGAAAGGAAGAAGUGACUUGAAAUCUUUAGCUGCUAAAGUUCUAGCUCACUUGAAUGUGCUUCCUGAACAGUCUUCUUUUUUCUAAUAGACGUUCAGCAUGGGACGAGUACAUCAUCCACACUGAAGCAUAGCACAUUCAUGUCAUUGGUUUUUCCCUUUAUCAUCUCGAGCUGUUUAUUAUGCGCACAGUUUAGAAUGGGAUCUGUCAAAUAUGAAUCUUAGUCUUUCCUAUGUAAUGUUUAGUGUUGCCGCUAGGCCUGUGCAGCCUCGUGGCGUAAAGUCAGAUUUGAAUAUGUUUCAAUGUAUAAAUUUAUUUAUUAUUCAAGAGUGAGUAUGAUUUGGUACUUCUCAA